AGAUUAUUGACGAAUUGUGGGUUUAAGGCCAGAAGAAGGAAGGGGUAGUCAGAGUUUACCGACAGACUGACUGACGACGAUGACGACGACGAGGACGAGGGUAUGUACAUGAAGAGUGUACCGCAUACGAGUCUCGUUGUAUGCUUGUAGACGGGGCCGUCGGAUGCUACGAAGCGUAUGGGACGACGACAUGACGCCGGGAGCGCGCAGACAGCGUUCAUGGGGUUGGUGUUUUCAUGCAGAAGAUGGUGAGCCCAGCCUAGGGUUGUCAAAUACACCGCGACCAAUUAUUAUUCUCCCACACCGACAGCAGCGAGAUUUUGGACUCACACCCUCGCCCGAUUUUUGAAUUCUCCACGCCGAUUGCGCUGCGCGCUUUUUCCUUUCCUUCGGGACUCGGAGUUUGGGAAGCGGAGUGGUCGCGCGAGCUGCUCAGCGAUCUUCGUUGUUGGUGUUGGCGCCGUCGGGGUCGGGAUGAGGGAAUUCGUCGAUUUUCAUGUUGCGCUCGGAUACUAGAAUUGAAAAUCGAAGGACGAGCUAGGUAUCGACGAUGUCCGGCAACGCGCGUGCGCAGCGAUCCACUCUUCCGUCGCAAGAGCUUUUGGAUGAUUUAUGCAGUCGGUUUGUUUUAAAUGCUCCCGAGGAAGAGCUUCAGUCUUUCGAAAGAAUACUGUUUCUCGUGGAGCAAGCUCAUUGGUUCUAUGAGGAUAAUACAAUGGAGCAGAAUGUCACACUGAAGUCUCUGACACUUCGGGAGUUUACUUCUUUAAUGUUCCAAAGUUGUGUCGCACUGCGGCCAUACAUUUCACAGAUUGAUGAUAUCUACAAGGACUUCACAACCUACAAGAUUCGCGUGCCUGUUACUGGUGCCAUAAUCUUGGAUGAGUCCUACGAGCGGUGUCUGCUCGUGAAAGGCUGGAAACCUGGAGCAAGCUGGAGUUUUCCUAGAGGCAAGAAGAAUAAAGAUGAAGAGGAUCACAAAUGUGCAGUUAGAGAGGUUUGGGAAGAAACAGGAUUUGAUGUAACAGAGAGGUUACAAGUGGAAGAAUAUUUAGAAGUGGUAAUAGGUCAACAGAGGAUGCGGCUGUACAUUAUAGCUGGAGUUAAGGAAGGUACUCAGUUUGCACCUCAGACGAAGAAGGAAAUAAGUGAAAUAGCUUGGCACAGAGUUGAUGAGCUUCCUGUGGCCAGCAAUGAAACAUCAUCACAUAAUCGAGGACCUACUGGAAUGAAGUAUUUUAUGGUGUGGCCAUUUGUAGGGCCCCUCAAAAACUGGAUAUCUGAACACUGGCCUUCUGCUGCCUUGAAGUCAGAAUCAUUAAUCAGAGGCACCACAGUCUGGAAGGUGAAACCCAAUGCUGUUUCGAGUAGUUCGAGUGGGGCGGGAAUAUUGGCUCCUCCCACGGCACCCUUGCAGUCCUCGUCAUCUUCAAGUGACAUAAUUCAAUUGGUGCAUGGCUCGACAGAGGUUCCAGGACUCAGUUUCCGGAACUUCAGAUUUGAUCGAGCAAGCAUAAUACAAAAGUUGGAAGUCUAAAUAACACAAGAGGAUGGAGAUAGCUUCGGAUGUCUGCAGCUCCUGAUUUUGCAGCCGACCGAGAUUCAAGUCGUUGGUUAAACUAAAAGCAUGGAAGAUUGUGGGUUUGCACAAUGUUUGAGCUGUAUAGAAGUCUUUUCAAACAAGUCAACCCCGUUGCAAUAGCUGUGCAUAUUUUAGAGCAUUGCUGUUGCUUUAUGCUUUUCACUCCAUCACUUAUCCCUUUCACCUUACUUUGUAUCAUUGUAAUUCACCGAAUAAAACAAUUUUUUGAAGCAACCCAUAGAGGUUGAAGAAAAUCAGCUCUACGCCCAAAUUUUGCUCAAUGCGCAGUCUUUACAGCAGUGUGUCCUUGUGGGAACAAGUUGAAGCUCUCGCAAGCACGAUCUCAGUUCUUGCCACCUUUUCUUGAUCGUAAGAUGACGGAAGUAGGGGUAUAUUCUGGAAAUUCAUACUGCGAUUCUGUAAAAUAGUCUUGCUAGAACUGCUG